GCGGCCCCCUCCCCCGCUCGGAGGUGCCGCAGCGCCCGCCCCGCCCCCUCCGGUCCUUCCCCUGCACCUCCUCCUCCCCUCCCCUCUCUUCCCCCUCCCCCCGCUGCUGCCUGGCAGGAGGGAGCCGAGCCAGCCCUGGGAGGAGGCAGCGCAGCGGCGGAGCCCGAGCCGGAGGACAGCUCAGCCCGGUUCUGCCAGGCUCGGCCCCCGGCGCCCCCCGGUCGGCAGACGACGGAGCCCCUCGGCCGCAGCGAUGACGGAGCCUUCGAGGGGGCCCCGAUGACGGGCCCGGACGCCGCUGGGCGCCCCCGCCAUGGCCUAGCCCCCGCCGCCCUCGCCCGCCGUCGCCAUGGGAGGCUGCUUCUCCAAGCCCAAGCCAGUGGAGCUCAAGAUCGAGGUGGUGCUCCCCGAGAAGGAGCGAGCCAAAGAUGACGCCUCCCCCAACGGCCAGGCCAGCCCCCUGGCCUACAAAGCCAACGGCCGGGCCCGCCACUACCACCCCGAGGAGCGGCCCUCCACCCUGCACCCCUACCCCAGCCCUCACGACCGCGUGGAGGCCGCCGUGUGCCACGUCAAGGACCUGGAGAACGGCCAGAUGCGAGAGGUGGAGCUGGGCUGGGGCAAGGCCCUGCUGGUGAAGGAGAACGGGGAGUUCCACGCCCUGGGCCACAAGUGUCCCCACUACGGAGCCCCCCUGGUGAAAGGGGUUCUCUCCCGGGGCAGGGUCCGGUGCCCCUGGCACGGGGCCUGCUUCAGUAUCGCCACCGGAGACAUCGAGGACUUCCCGGGGCUGGACAGUCUGCCCAAGUUCCAGGUGAAGAUUGAGAAGGAGAAGGUGUACAUCCGGGCCAGUAAACAGGCCCUGCAGACCCAGAGGAGGACCAAAGUCAUGGCCAAGUGCAUCUCUCUGAGCAACUACCACGUGGGCAGCACCAACAUCCUGAUCGUGGGAGCGGGGGCGGCCGGCCUGGUGUGUGCAGAGACCCUGAGACAGGAGGGCUUCUCCGACCGAAUCGUGAUGUGCACCAUGGACAGACACCUUCCUUACGACCGCCCCAAGCUCAGCAAGUCCCUGGAUUCCCAGCCAGAGCAGAUCGCCCUCAGGCCCAAGGAAUUCUUUCUGACGUAUGACAUCGAAGUUCUGACUGAGACCCAGGUUGUCACAGUGGACGUAAAGAACAAGAAAGCAAUAUUCAAAGAUGGCUUUAAGAUGGAGUACAAUAAGUUGCUCUUGGCCCCGGGAAACACUCCCAAGACACUCAACUGCAAAGGAAAAGAAGUGGAGAACGUCUUCACUAUUCGGACUCCAGAGGAUGCCAAUAGGAUAGGGAAGCUGGCACGUGGGAGGAACGCCGUGGUCGUUGGGGCCGCCUUCUUGGGAAUGGAGGUGGCCGCCUAUCUGACCGACAAGGCACACUCCGUGUCAGUCGUGGAGUUAGAAGAGACGCCGUUCCGGAAGUUCCUCGGGGAGAAGGUUGGCCGAGCCCUCAUGAAGAUGUUUGAGAACAACGGGAUCAAGUUUUACAUGCAGACUGAAGUCUCAGAGCUCCGGGCCCAGGAAGGGAAGCUGAAGGAGGUGGUGCUGAAGAGCGGCAAGGUGCUUCGAGCCGACGUGUGCGUGGUGGGCAUCGGCGCGGUGCCAGCCACAGGCUUCCUCAAACAGAGCGGAAUCAACAUGGACGCCCGCGGCUUCAUUCCCGUUAACAAGAUGAUGCAGACAAACAUCCCCGGCGUCUUUGCGGCCGGUGACGCCGUCACGUUCCCACUGGCCUUGAGGGGCAACAAGAAAGUGAACAUUCCGCACUGGCAGAUGGCCCACAUCCACGGGCGCGUGGCGGCUCAGAACAUGCUGGCCCAGGAAGCCGAGAUCAGCACCGUGCCCUGCCUGUGGACCGCCAUGUUUGGCAAGAGUAUCCGCUACACAGGGUACGGGGACGGAUUUGAUGAUGUCAUCAUCCAGGGGGACUUGGACGAGCUGAAGUUUGUGGCUUUUUACACCAAGAACGAUGAGGUGAUCGCCGUAGCCAGCAUGAACUAUGACCCGAUCGUCUCCAAAGUGGCGGAAGUUCUGGCCUCGGGGAGGACGAUCCGCAAGCGCGAUGUGGAGCUCUUUGCUCGGCUUGGCAAGACCGGGGACAUGUCGUGGCUGACGGGCAAAGGCUACUGAGCCCCGGGCGGCCGGGGCGCCGCCGGCUGCGGCACAUCUGGCCAGGACGUGGUCGGACUCUUGCCAAACCGCCGCCUCCAGCCCCUCCCUCCGAGCCGGAUCUAGCCCGCCUGGGGCUCGGGGCCAGCGGCCGGCUCUGCCAGCAUCCGGGGCUUCCGGAGGCACAGGAGGAGCGGGAGCCCCUCCCCCAGCGGCUCUCCUCCGGCCCCCACGCCUGCCUCUGGCCAGCCCCCCUCCCCCCAGCCCCCGCUCCCGGCCAUCUCCAGGAUGGAGCCGAAUGCGUUUCCGGGCCUUAGGUCCGCGCCUGUAAGUGAAAGGACUCGGACUAGGUCUUUGGGUCCUUCCACAUCUUAACCCCUGCAGGAUGAUUCCUCCCUUCCCCCCCCCCCCCCCCCCCCCCCGGGAACUGCUGAGUUUGGGAACCGGAGCAGCCCCGCCCCCCUCCUCUUCCGCGCACCAAUCAAGCAAUAAUAGGCAAUAAAGAAUCUAAUUUUGUGUUGGACCAGAA